AUGCAGGAAACAGUGAUAGAUACUGUCGACCUGGUUGGCCGCGUUGACCUGGGUCUGCUUCCUCCUGGUGUCGAGGUGCGGCCGGGCAUCUGCGAGCAGCGGCCCGCUUGGCUGGACGCCGAUGGCACACCUAUGUUCCUCGGGCCGGACACCGCUUACGGCAUCUCGCGCGGCGCCAACCUCUCAGUGUCAACGGCCGAAGCAUUUCCAUUCGGCUUUCCGCGGGACUUCUCGGUGCUGGCCACGUUUCGCAUGGAACAGAACACGCGAGGCUACCUGCUCUCUGUGUACGACUGGGAUGACGAGGAGCAGUUGUCGCUGCACGUGGGCGAGAACUCGACGUUCGCGCUGCGGUCCGCCAACGGCAACGGCAGCACCGUCUACUCGGCGGUCUUCACGGAGCCUUUCAACGACGGAAAGUGGCACCGUAUGGCGCUGAGCGUGAAAGGGGAUGCGGUCACGCUGGUCAAAGACUGCGUGGUGCGCGAGACUGAGGAGAUGGCCCGCUCAGACGACGCGCUUGUCGACACCUCUGGUGUCACUCUGGUCGGACAGGCGUUGGACAUCACUGUCGACCCUUUCCAGGGAGACCUGCAGCAACUACUGGUGGUCCCUACUCCGGACUCGGCCUAUGAGUUGUGCAGUAGCUACGUUCCCGGAUGCGCCGUCCCGCUGCCGCCGCUAGACGCCGACUACGGAGACCCGCUCCUCAACAGAACCGAUCCUGCUGAGAAGGAGCCGCAGCCGGGUGGAGCCUACCACAACGAAACAACUCCGUAUUAUCCGGAGGGAGGGGCUACACCGAUCCCACCCAACUAUCCAGCGAUCAGCUAUCCCAUUGAGGGACCGCCGGGCCCUCAGGGUUUUCCGGGUCCUGCUGGCUUUCCUGGACUUAAAGGCGACAAGGGAGACCCGGGAAGGGACGGACUCGCCGGAACGGCGGGGCAGCCUGGAGCCCCUGGACACAUCUUCAUGAUACCAUACCAGACAGCGGGAGACACCAAAGGUCCUGACAACACUGAAUCGCUGCGACAGAUGCUCAGCCAGCACAUGCUCGCGAUGCGGGGUGCCCCUGGGCCUAUGGGCUUGACUGGUCUACAUGGGCCUGUGGGUCCCAUGGGACCACCGGGCGAGAAAGGAGAGCGUGGCGAGCAAGGAGCUAUGGGACUACGAGGAUUGCGGGGCCAGCAAGGAACAUCUGGAAAGCCGGGAAGACGGGGACGAAGCGGCAAGGACGGUGAACGUGGAAAGCCAGGGCCUCCAGGGUCAAAGGGCGAUAUCGGCCUUCCGGGUCUUCCAGGCCUACCGGGAGAGAAAGGUGAAAGGGGUUUCGUCGGAGCUCCGGGUGACCAGGGGCUGGUCGGACACGAAGGACCUCCGGGUGACGAUGGAGCUACAGGGCUGCCCGGACUUCCAGGAGAGAUGGGUCCACGAGGAUUUCCAGGCCCCCGGGGAUUCGUAGGACUUCAAGGACCGCCUGGCAUACCGGGAUCCGAAGGGCCUGUGGGACCGAAGGGUAGCACGGGUCCUCCAGGUGGACCUGGCCAGCCAGGCCAGCAAGGGAUGCAGGGCGCUGUGGCAUCUGUUGUAGUCUUCGAUGUUGUGGUGAACUGGAGGCACAGCUGA